UUCGGACCAAGCUGCCAUCGCGUUUUCGCCUCUGAUUGGAUUAGCGUGCUGUCAGUCAAUCUUAGCAACCGCCCCCUGAAAUGGCAGCAGGGUUGUAUCUACUGUAAAUAAUCGAUGAGGAAGAAGAUCAUCUUUCUGUAUGAAACAUAAUGUUGACUUUAUGAACCAUCCACACUAACAUAUUCAGCCCACCAUGAGUACAGUCGGAGAAAACCAGCUGCAGAGAAUAAUCAGAGAUCUGCAUGAUGCAGUUUCUGAGUUGAGCAAAGAACAUUGUGAUACUGGAGAGCCCAUCAGUGAUGACAGUUCCAGCCUUCACAAGUUCUGCUAUAAACUGGAGUACCUACUGCAAUUUGACCAGAAAGAGAGGACCACAUUUCUGGGCAGCAGGAAAGACUACUGGGACUAUUUCUGUGACUGCUUGGCCAAGAUUAAAGGAGCUAAUGACGGCAUUCGCUUUGUCAGAUCAAUCUCUGAGCUGAAGACGUCAUUAGGAAAAGGACGGGCAUUCAUCCGCUACUGUCUGGUGCACCAAAGGCUGGCAGACACUCUUCAGCAAUGUCUUAUGAACUACAAAAUCACAUGUGAGUGGUAUUAUGAACGCAGUCCCUUCCUGAAAUCCCAUCUGAAUAUCGAUAUCAUCAACCACCUGUAUGAACUCAAUGAGGUCCAGUUUGAUGUAGCAUCCAGAGGUCACGAUCUUGACUCUGACUGGCCUACUUUUGCCAGAAAGACUCUGGGAUCAGCUCUCUCACCAGCCCAUGUGUGGAAACCACCCAGUCGCUGCUCUAGUGUCAACAGUUUGGUCAGCAGUUACUCACAGCAAGCUCAGGAGUUACUUCCAGGCCAAGAAUUCGGCUCCAGUCUGCUAGGUGAUCUGGGUGAGUUGGGCGAACUGUCCUGUAGUGCUUCUGAGGACCUGCGCAUUGAGCUUGACCAAUCAGAGUUGAAGCAAAAGGAGCUCCAGGAGAAGGUCCAGCAGCUCACCAGUGAGGCAGCUGAUCUGAGAGCCGUACUCAGUGACCUACAGGAACAACUCUUGGCUAAAGGUCCUAAACAAGAGAAAGAAGGAGAACCAUCUGCAGGGGAGCAGGAGGUGGUAAAAGCUGUCAGAGAGUGCACCGAUCGCCUCCAUACCACCACACAGGAUCUGGAGGCUCUACGGACAUCAGAACGCAAUCUAGAAUCCAAGCUGAGCAUUGCAGAGAACAGGAACAUGGAGUUGCUGGCAAAGCUAGAUGGAGCUCUGAGCGAAAAAGGACAGCAGGCAGCCAACUACUGCGACUCGGCCUGGAAGAUCCAAGAGCUCCUGAACAAGCUAAAGGAGGUUGAAGAAGAGAGGAUUGAGUCUAAACGAGAGAGCGAAGACCGGGCUAGACUAGCUGAGCGACUUGUCCAGGAACUGACGCUUCAGGAGGAGAAACUAAAGGAGAUGGAAGGCAAACUGGACACAUGUAGAGUCUCCGCAGACAAGGAACGAACAACUGCAAUGCAACAGGCUGAUGAACUGCAGGUGACCAUCAACCACCUUCAGGGAGCACUAUCUCUGAAGGAGCGGGAAGCAGGGAACCUCCAGACACAGCUUCAGGAUGUGCAAAGGGCAUUGGAGGCCCAGGAGGGUCAACUGGAGGAGCAUAAGAAAAGGAUGCAAGAGGAGCUGCAACAUAAAAGUGUGCUUGAAGAACAACUAAAUACAAAGAUGAAUGAGUUGUCCACCAGUAACCAGAAGAUUCGGCAACUGGAGAAUCACAACCAGCGGUUGACUGCAGAGAGUCAGAGCUUCCAAGCGCAAGCCAAGAAAUUGGAAGAGUACAAGAACCAGUGCACAAGUUUAAUGGAGAUCAAUGCCAAACUGAUCCAGACUGUGAAAAGAAACGAGGAGUGCAGCAAGGAGCUGGCGCGAACCAAGACCGCUCUAGAAAGAGAACUGAUUACUGCACAGGCCUCUGAGAGGCAACUGAGAAGCAAACUGGAGUCAGCUGGUCUGACUGUGGAGAACCAAAAUCUGGAGAAAUGCAUACAGAAUGGCCAGAUGAACAAUGAGGAAACCGAAAUUGAACAACUUGGGGAGAAGAGUAUAUCAAGUCUGGAAGAAUUAGAUGACAGUGCUGCAGUCCCACAAGAGAACAAGAGAACGUCUUCUAGACACCUACUGGAGGCCACUGAAUCCUCAACAACUGAUAAUGGAGAAUCCACUUCCAGGUUGGCUCUGGCUGAGGCCCAACUUGAACUCAACAUGAAGGAGGUUUCCAGACUUCAGGAGGAGGUCAUGGAGCUCCGGGCACAGCUAUUGGUAAGCUCAGAGGAGAGGAUAAAGAUCCAGGCUCUGCAGGAAGUGACAGAAGCCUCCAGGGAAGACCUUCGUGCUCAGACGGAGCAACUAAAGUCCCAGGUGGAAGAGCUUAACCGCAGGCAUGUGGAGGAACUGCUACGCUGCCGUGAAAGAGAGGACAUUCUGGUAAAGGAGAGGGACAUGGAGGCCAAGGUGCGGGCAGAAAUCCAAACGAGCAUGACUGCUAUGAGGGAAGAACUUCACUUGUUGAAAAAGCAGAACAGCAUGCUUGCACUUGAGAACGGAGAGGCUCGUGAGGCCUUACAUAGGGCCAACACUGAGACAGCAGAGCUUGGGGUUCAUGUUUGCAUGCUGACAGGGCAGAAUGAGGAGGCUAAGCUGCGAUGGGAAGAGAUUUCUACCAAACUGCAGGAGCUACAGAUGGAGGCACAAGAGGAGGUGGAAACUCUAAGUGAUUCGAUGGAGGCCAUGAGUAAAGAUAAUGCAAGACUCCAAGAGCAGCUAAAGCAGACCGAGGGACUCCCAGAAGCCAUGCAGAAGUUGCAGGAGAGACUUGAGCAGGCGGAGGAAGAAGCCAAAAGCCUCCAAGAGAUCCGGCAGAGGGAAGUGGAGACACUGAGGUCCCAGUUGAGCGAUGAGGCUGUGCACCACCAAAGUCAAAUGCAGGGUCUGCAUGAGGAACUGGAUGCACUGAGGAAGAGGUUGGACAACGAAAUCGAGAAAGUCUCAAGCCUUGAGUCCAAAGUGUUGGAGCUUGAGUCUGUCAACAGUGAUCACAGUCAGAUGAUCGAAAAGAAAAAUGCCCUCAUUGGUGAUUCUGAAACUGUAAUUCAUCAGAAAGAGGAACAGAUAAAAAACCUCAGAGUGGACUUAUCAAGAGCUGAGAAGGAACUGGCACUUGCUCAGCAGUCCUGUCAUGAAUUGAGUGUGAACUUAAACAGAAGUGCAAUGGAGAAGCAAGACAUUGAACUGAAGAUGUCUGCUGAGAUAGAUGACCUUUUUCGUACCAAAAAGAACCUGGAGGAGAGACUUAUUGAGCUCAUUAGGGAGAAAGAUGUUUUAUGGCAGAAGUCAGAUGCACUGGAGUUUGAACAGAAACUGAGAUCUGAGGAACAGACAGACAGAGAUGUCACAUACUGCCUGAGCUGCCGCAAUCACUUCGGCUGGAUGCUGCACAGACACAACUGCAGGUUAUGUGGGCGUCCAUUCUGUUAUUACUGCUGCAGUUAUGCUGUGAGUGUCCACCAAGGUGGUGGUAAGGAACGCUGUUGUAAGGACUGCUUCACUCAGCACAGUGCUGCACAAGAGCGCCACCCAAAGGCAAAUCUGGGUAGUCCUGUACGUUCAAUGUCAAGCCCCAACCGAACCAGCACACCUGGUGUCCCAUGGGAACUGAGGUCCCCUGGGCCAGAUGACACAGCGUAUGACAUCAUCACAGAAGAGGAGGUGAACCGUACCCAUGACAGCGACUCGUACUACACCACUGCGCUGUCACCAGAGACACAACAGCUAAGCAGCAGUGACAUCACCAGCACAGAAGAUUCAGACGAGCUGAUUGGCUCUGUUCAGGAUGCUGAGAUCUGCCUGCUGAAAUCUGGAGAGAUGACGCUGUCUGUGCCGUUCAGCGUGAAGGACGUGAAUCAGUUUGGCGAUACAUCCAGAGAACUCUUCAUUAAGUCCAGCUGUUACAGUGCCAUUCUCAUAACCGCUGCACAUCCGGGUCCUACAAUCAGCUGGGUCUUCUCCUCCAAACCCAAGAGCAUCGCCUUCAGCGUGGUGUACAGAGAGAGCACAGAUACGCCUCUAGAAGGGGCCAAGGUUCUGAUCCCUCUAACGAGAUGUAACUCUCAUAAGGAAACAAUUCAGGGUCAGUUGAAGGUCAGGAAUGCUGGAGAAUACACCCUUAUCUUCGACAACUCCUUUUCCAGGUUCGUCUCUAAGAAGGUCCUGUACAAACUGAGUGUAGAGGAGCCAGAGGAAGCCAAUGGAAGUGAUUGUUCUUCAUAGGAAAAAUAAUCACGCACACUAUUCUGUCUGUGCGAGGUCAUGGGACUGCUUGUUGAGGAUUAUGGCUGUUUAUCAAGCCAAACUUGGAAUGCUGCUUUCACAAUCAAGUGAAGGAAAUAAGAAAUUAUACUUUUGAAAAUUUUAGGACUAUUGUUUUCCCCUUAAAUUCUUGUACUAAUAAUAAUGGAGAAAUCUAUUUUCUAAAAAUCUAAUUCAGAAGCUACUUACCUCUUAUGAAUGAUUCCUCUUCAUUCAUAACCUCUUAUACUCUAAUAGCCGGAAUGGCACAAUAUCUCUGACAUACUUAUCAAUGAAUCUAAAGGGAAUGGAUGGCAGGAAGACUCUGAAAUGCAGUGAAAUUUAGAGAGCUGUGUGGUCAGUAGUAGAAUAGAUGAAGGUUGAAGGAUAGCGGAUUAUGCACUACAGAAGAGCUUUAUUAUUGUGUAUUGUAAUUAAAUUAGUGAAUAUAGAUAUGUUGAAAAUGCUUAUACGACAUCAGGUUACUCACAUACAGGUACGCCAGUAUGUUUCUUUAACAUUCUGUGAUAACUCUUUACAAUAAGGUCUCAUUUAUUAACAAUAAUUAAAUGCACUGACUAACAUGAACAGUGUUUUUUACAGCAUUAUUACCCUUUGUUAAUAUCAGUUAAUAAAAAUCUUAAUGUUUGCGUUAGUUCACAGUGCAUUAACUAAUGCUAACAGAAUUUUGAUCUUAAAAAUGUAUUAGUAAACGUUUAGAUUAACAUUAACUAAGAAUAAUAAAUGCUGUAUAAGUAAUUGAUAGUUCAUUUUAACAAAUGAAACCUUAUUGUAAAGUGUUACCCAUUGUUUUAUACCAUCUGUCUAAUAUCAAUAUAAGUCUAACACAGAUGCUAAAAACGGAGGAAAUUGUUUGAAAUGUGUUUUUCUUAAUUAUAGAAUCUAUAGAAAGGAAACUAAUAUAUUUUCUUGUGAGAUUGCAUAGUAUAUCAUAUUCUGGACCUCAUGUUUUUUUAAAGCUUAAUAAAUCAAAUAAGACUUAAUGCAGACAUAAAAUCUGUAUUCUGAAAGGGCAAGUACACAGAAAUAAGAUUCCUGGCAGUCUUGUUUAUUAUCAACCAAAAAAAAUGUAUUUUCUUUCAGCUGACACCAGGCAAAAAUGUAUAAGCAAUAACUCAGUGACUGUGUUUUUUUGCAUAAAUAAGAUUUUUUAUUUUGGCAAGCAACGCAGUGCAAUAACUCCAGCCUAAAGAUGGUGGAUAUUGUAAAUGACAUUUUUUGUAAUAGCUACAUUUUAAUAAGAAACAUUGAUACUUUAAUAAGAAGCAUUGAAACUGUUGCACUUUCUGAAUGUUUCAGAGGCUGAUGAUGGAGCUUGAUCAGAGUACUGUAAGCAUAUCAGAAUGACAAGCAGUCAUUUUUUAUGUACAGUUACUGUAAAGAGCUGUGAAAUAAUAGCAAUGUUAUAUUACAGCUAGUUUGAUAUGGAGCUGUUGAAUUAAAACUACCUGAUGGCGUGA